CAUCGAGUUCUGGGGCACUCCCGAGCUGCUUCAAGCGCGCGAGGCCAGACUAGCCGCGUCAUCUGCAAGCAGCAGAGGGAACAGCGUAACAAGCGGCGGCGGCAGCAGCAGCAGCAGCAGCAGCGGUGACACAAGAGAGAGCAGCAGCGACGCAUACAAGGAUGUGGGGGGUAUCCGGGGCAUGGCAGGGAGCGAUCGUCUCACCACACCUCUCGCUGCCACCCGCUUUCCAAACUCAGGCAGAGCCAACAGUUUAAUGACGUCUGGCGGUAGCAGCAGCUCUAUAAAUCCUGCAGCUGACUCGAGUGGCUUUGGGAAGCCGGGAGGUUCGGAGUGGGUGUUUAAUGAAAGCCGGGUUGUAAAGGUGUCGUCUACACCCAGGGUGUAUGUGUAUAAAGGGCUCCUGUCUCCAGACGACUGUGCUUUCCUAGUGGCCAUGGCGAGGCCAAAGGUUACUCGGCAGAGGCUGUUCAGUGCCACGUAUCUGCGCAAGUACCAGAACCCACGCCUUCGGGCCAUAGAGGACCGGAUUGCAUCCUUUCUUUUCCUUCCCAGAGACCCGCAGGCUCGGACGCAGGUUCGGUUCAACGAGGGUCAGGCAUACGACGUGCAUCUGGAGUUUUACCGGGAUAAUGUCGACACACAGAGGUCCGGCCACCGGGUGGCAACGCUUGUCCUAUUCCUCUCGGACGUACAAAGGGGCGGCGAAGUGAACUUCCCUCAGGGCAAGUCGGAGCACUCACAUUGGCCUUGGGACUCGUCCCUCUCUCCAUGUGCCCGCCAAGGGGUCUCAGUCCCACCAGUCAAAGGAGACGCACUGCUCUUCUUCAAAGUAACCUCGUCUGGUUACCACGACCCGUCUGCCGCCCGCCGUAACUGCCCGGUUCUCGAGGGCGCACCCAAGUGGACGGCGGAAAAAUCCAUCGCCAUCCAGAAGUACACUGCGCGGCGGGAUUUGAUUGGGUGCGUGGACGAGCAUCCGUUCUGCAAGGUUUGGGCGGCGCGAGGGGAGUGCAAGGGGUACAAGGAUUAUAUGAUUGGAAAUGCAGAGUCGUUUGGGUACUGUAGAAAGUCGUGUCAAGCUUGUUCCUAG